ACAUGUGAAAUUAUUGCUCUGUAAAUAAAUACAUUGAACGUGGGUUUUAUAGAGUACAAUACACGCAGUACAAUGCAAGAUGGGAUGACAUCAGCCACCACCCGGAACAAAAACACGUUCGAGCCGCCGCGUGUGUUCCGCCCGGACGCGGCGUGCGCAGCAUGGCGGCGCCCAUGGGGAGGCGGCAUGGCCUCAGCGUGUCGCGGUGCGUCGAAGCUGUAGAGGAGCUGCUGAUGAGACACGCGGCGCCGAGGCCAAAGCGACUUCCCGAGCAGCUCGCGGAACACGCGGAGCCGCCGGGGAAGGCGCGGUGCUCGCGAGAAACCCGCCCGGCGCGAGUGUUCAAGGAGCGCAGUGCAAGGCACCUCAGGCAGAGGGACCUGGUGGUGCCCAAGGGGGUGCUGGAGAUGUUGUUUGAGGGGGGCCAGGUUCCUAGCGCGUUCAUCGCCGAUCUGAUGAGCUCGCAUGAUCCCAGGCUGCCCACCGUUACCGACUGCGUGCAGACAGAGAGCGGCCUGGCUGUUCGGUUCGAUCGGCGCGAAGUGUACAGCAGGGUACUGGGAAGACCCCCCGUAUCGGACCUCAUGAGUGAUGCUCGCACAUCAGAAGGCCACAGGGCGUCACUUGAAGGCACGGCAGACCUACCGUCUGUUAAAACGCUCUCGCUGAACUGCUGUUUGCCAAAUGAGCGCUCGUCGAGCGAGGAUGAUUAUUGUUGCGAGUGUCAGGAACAUGGGAAUUUACCAGAAGUUGCAAAGCGAGAACUCCGAAGUUGCGUGGUGGUCAACUGUCCGUGUCUGCACCGAUGCGAGCCGCUCACACCAGGGCAUCUGCGCUGUGUUCUCCUGGCCCAUCAGCUGUCAAGACUGCUUUCGCUUGAUGGCUAUCACGUGUACAAAUGUCCAGCCAUCAAGGAAGGGGCACACGUGGAGGUCCUGAAACCACUCCGGGUUGAGUGGCCGACAUUAGCAGCCGAGAAAACGGCAGCGCACGGUGACUCUGGUCCUCUCACCGACCCCGUGGCAGAGUGCCGUUCGAGGCUCCUGCAGUCAGGGUUCGCGGAGCCAAUGGAGAGGCAGAGUGCGACCGAAACCAAACUCUCACGCCGUUCCGAGCCGGAACCGGAAACAAACAGGAAGAAGGAGCAAGCGGAGAGGGAAACCAGAGUGACGAACGAGGCAGAAGCAGCUCGUUCAUCUCCUGAUCAGAUGUACAGAGUCAACCUCCAGCAGUUUGUGAGCACGCGUUGCCUUGAAGGGAUGGACCCAAAUCUUAACACCGUCUUGGUUGAUGACGAUUACUUGGCUCAGGUGGUCGAGUUGGAAGCUGCACUGAAUGGCUGCCAUGGCGGUGAGACACGUCUUUUGCAUAUCGUUUGUUGCGAAGAGGAGUUUAACCAGCAGAAAGUUGACUUGCUUCUUCAGUUGGUUGGUCAGAGUGAUGCUGUGAAGAUGCAGAGGCACGUGGUGGUUGGCAGUGUGAAGACGGGAGAAGAGACUUCGCAGGUUAACGCGCUUGAAUAUUUACGGCUCCGCCGAGCACAAAUGAAAGAGGCUUCAGUUAUGAAAUACGGGAACUCGGUGCAAGGCCCCGAGUGGGAGGAGAUUAUCGACGUGAUGACCGCAGCGACGGUGAAGUUUGAGCUGCUGUCCUCGGCUCACCGCAGCACGCUGCCGCUGGAGCUCGGCGAGGGUGCGGAGAGAGCGAGCGCCGCCAGGGGACGGCGGAGCGGCACAUUCGUCAUGUACAACGCGGCGCGUCUCUCCACGCUCUUCCAGAACUACCGCACGGCCGUCAAACAAGGAAUGUACCCAAAGUUUCCUGAAGUAUCUUCGUUGGAUUUCUCGCUGCUGAAUGAAGAGGAAGAAUGGCGCCUUCUCUACAACUACAUCGUUCCGUUUGGGGAGCUGCUUUCUCGUUCGUCUCAUCUGGAACCGGCGCGGGGAAUUCACGCGACCGCGCACACGGACGUGCUCUACAAGUUCCUGGUGGAACUCAGCAUGGACUUCAGCUCCUACUACAACCGGGUUCGCGUCCUCUCUGAGCCCGUGCCGCACCUGUCCGGGAUCAUGUUCGCCCGGCUCCGGCUGCUCGAGCGUCUCCAGGAAGUGAUGCACGCCGCAAUGGCGGCCUUCGGCCUCCCGCCAUUGAAACAGAUUUGACGCGGCCUGGCGCUGGGUCACGGUCGUGGGUCUGAGCCGCAAUAAGACAAAUGUGACGGGCUGCGUUUCUGAAGUACGAGCCAAAGGUGGGGAAGCUGUGACCUACGGGCUGAAUACAACCCUCGACUUCCUUUCACCUUGCCUUUAGACACAAUUUUAAAUGGUCCGCAAAAUAUAUUUAUCCAUCACUGCAAACAUCUUAGCCGCACUAAACCGGUACUAGAGGGGAAUUUUUUUAACCUGGCAACACCGUGUUUAUGAUUUUAGACGUCUCGCAGUGGCAGAGGUCACAGAGCUGUGGGUGUUGGCGUGUGGCGCGCCGCCAAACACGUUUGAAAGUCCGGUUCGGCUCUCGGUGGUGAGGGGAAAGCUGUCCCCAUAGAUCCACUGCGUGGGUGAGCCAGCCUGCUACAGGAUGAUGAGGCGCUGCUCGUAAGCCGUACACAGAGUAGGUUGUUGACCUGUCAGUGUGGAAUUUAAGUGUCCAUGUCGUGUGUGGGUUACUCCCACGAUUGUAAAUGCAUGGAUGGUGAGGUAAAGGUGGAGCCCUGCAAUGUUUUGCUCAUGUCACUGCUGCUGGCAGAAGAGCCUUCACGAGAGGGAGCUCUCGCAGGGCCCCUAUCGAGGGUAUUUUGCCUCCUUUUUCUCGGUGGCCGUACAUUUUGGCAGAGGUGGGAUUACUACACGAUCCACGGUGCACUACUACCCCCCUAUACUGCGCCGCAGAUGGGAAUUAACCAAAGGUUUUAAGCAAGACCCUGCGCAAGAGUUCACUCGUUCCUGCGUAAACAAAAUGCAUUAUUGUGGUGACCGUCCAUUCUCCUGAACGGAGUCAUUAAUGACCACACAUUAGGUUUGUGCACCACUUUGUUUAUGGCCCCGAGGUGGUCGUUCUUUCUAACCAUAACCACCCCCCCCAGAGCCAGCAUGCACAGCUUCUCGCCCUCCCACGAGUCAACCAACCCCUCCUGUGUGUAUUCAUCGUGAAAAAGUUCAACCAACUCAAUACAAUCCCAACAUUUAACUCUGCAAAUGAAGACCGGUGUGUUUAUUAAUGUUGGACUGUAUCAUGCGUUGAGUUGCUGCACCGUCCCGCGUAUUGUCCCGACAAGCACAGGGCACAAUCCAGUGUCCCGCUUAAUGCGACACUGCCGUGCCGCUGAGAACAAAAACCACCAAAUUAAAGGUACGGACGGACGUGUCCCCUACUUUGUGAUUCAGCCAAAACUUUAAGUGGAAUUGGACCUAGACAUGAACAUUCGCAUGAUCCGAAUGUGUCACGUCACAGGAAUGGAUGUGACGUCACAGGAAUGGAUGUCACGUGCACGACGCCACAGCCACGAGUUUCACACCAAAUCGGCGUUAGGUGUCGCGGGCCAUCGGGUGACGUCACCUUUCGUUAGCACGAAGACGCUUGCGUAACUAUUACAUUCUUACAUUUAACAUUAUUACUUAACGUAAAUGACCUGUUACGAUAUAUGAAAUUGUCCUUAAUCUGAAAUGUUUUCAUCCGACACUCAUCCCUAAUAAAGCGAAAAGCUACACAAUGCAACACGGUCUGGUCAAGCAUUGUACUGAGUGUAAUUUAAACACUUUAGUGAUGUAUUUCAGACCACGAUAUGACAAACACGACACUUCAGGGAACAAGAUGCCACAUCCAUGUUCCUCUCUUUACAAAUGGAACAAUUUUUCAUGAUUAAUGGAACAAUUUUUCAUGAUUAAUGUAACAUUUUAGACGCAUACAUCACAUUACAGUAACAUUGUACGUUUCUGCAUUCAUCGCUGAACGUAUUUUGCUUGCAACGAAUGAACUAAAAUAAACGCCAUAACCAUUAGGCGCACUGAACAUGCAAGUGUG